UCUCUCUCUCCCUCUCUCUCGCUCUGGUCUUUAGAUAUGGCGUCCUUGCAGUGGCUUCAUUCCCCGCCGAGCUUGGUACUACAAUUGACGGCAUCUAGGCACUGGCGGACAUUGCGCACUCUUUACGGGAACAGAUAGCUGCUGCUGUUGUUGUGGUGAUGCACCAACAAGCCUCGGCUGGCACGCAUCGAGACCACCAUCCGGGAAGGAUUGCUAGUUUGUCACAAGGCGAAGGUAAUGGUGCUGAUGUCUACAAGGACCAUGGAUGGGCACCAGCCCUCCUGAAAUAACCCCCCCACCCCCAUCUCACUCGGCUGGCUGGACGCCCUUUUUUUUUGUUUGUUGCUAAAUCCAAUUCUGGAGCUCAUCUUCACCUCUCCCGUCCAACUCCAAACAUCAAGCCUGCUUUAGCGACAGCUCUGUGGCGUCGAAAAUGACCACGGCACGGUACCGUCCCACUUGGGAGCUGGCCGUGGACCCCCUGGUCUCAUGUAAGCUGUGCCUUGGCGAGUUCCCGCUGGAGCAGAUGACCACCAUUACGCAGUGCCAAUGUGUUUUCUGUACACUGUGCCUGAAGCAGUAUGUGGAACUCCUGAUUAAAGAAGGCCUUGAAACUGCAAUUAGCUGUCCUGACUCUGCCUGUACUAAAAGAGGACACUUGCAGGAAAAUGAGAUUGAGUGCAUGGUGGCCACAGAGAUGAUGCAGCGAUACAAGAAGCUCCAGUUUGAAAGAGAGGUGCUCUUGGACCCUUGCCGGACGUGGUGCCCCUCGUCGACCUGCCAGGCUGUGUGCCAGCUGAAGGAGGCCGACUCUCCGGCGCGGCCCCAGCUGGUACAAUGCGCUGUUUGCGCUCUGGAGUUCUGCUCAGCCUGCAAGGCCAACUGGCAUCCGGGUCAGGCCUGCCCGGAGAAUAGCCUGCCCAUCACCUCUUUCCUACCAGGAGAGAACAGUCCUUUCUACAAGAACGAAGAGGACGACGCGCCCAUCAAGCGCUGUCCUAAAUGCAAAGUUUACAUCGAGAGGGAUGAGGGCUGUGCGCAGAUGAUGUGCAAGAACUGCAAGCACGCCUUCUGCUGGUACUGUCUGGAAUCCCUGGAUGACGAUUUCCUCCUGAUCCACUAUGACAAAGGGCCUUGUCGAAACAAACUGGGCCAUUCCAGGGCAUCCGUUAUCUGGCACAGAACACAGGUUGUGGGUAUCUUUGCAGGGUUUGGCCUGCUCCUGCUGGUCGCCUCCCCCUUCCUCCUCCUGGCCACGCCCAUCGUCCUGUGCUGCAAGUGCAAGUGCAGUAAAGGCGACGACGACCCCUUGCCCACUUAAAAACGCCGUCGAUACGGAAAGCCACUCAAAAAAGGAUGGUGGUCAUCACAUUGUUGUUCCCUUCCUCUCUCUUUUUUUACACCCCUCUCGCUUUGAGCGCUUCUUUUUCCGGGUCAAGCCUGCACGACGGCUGCUUUGGGAUCCAUUGCUCUGCAUGGUAGAUAAGCAGUGUGGCCCGAAAAGACCGUUGUUUUUAGGGAGCAAGUCGGCGCUGCUUUGAGCGUCCUGUUGCUUGUUGCGAGAUACUUUCUCUCCCGCCGACCGCCGCCAUGUAGCGCUACAGGAUCAGUCCAGUAGCAUCACAGCUGCACCGCGUUUGGCGGCGACUCGAUAUGCGCACACUACAGACUGAGAUAGAGACUACCCUCCCUUGAUGAUGUCACGGUUUUAUAACCUCGCGCUUUUAAAUGGAAGUACCGUCUGUCUUGUACUUUUUUCGGAAACCUUGAUUUAUUUAAAGGGAGGACGCCCGCUUUGAGGGUGUUGCCCUUUAAAAUACAGCAAAGCCAAUCAGAGGACCUUUCUUGUUGUUGUGUCUCUUAAUGAGAUCCUUUAAUACACCGCCUACUCCAAAGUAGCCGAAAUGGAAACAGAUAGCCUUAAGAAUUGAGAAUAGCCAAAAGCAGACGUUUCCCUCCUGAGUGUCCAAAUAAAUCAUCCCAGGGAAAAUAUGUACAAAAAGCCCUGGUGAUUCUAUGAUGUCAUCCAUACUUCACAAAAACGAUGUUAGCUCACAUUAACGUCAUCACUCUCAAAAGACAUAACAAAUUGCAAACUUGCAUAUGUUAGUGGUCCAAAGUUGUGUCUGUAUUUAGUUUUUUGUUGGUCGUUACCCAACCUCCAGCAACAAGCAGCUACUCCCUUAACGCGUGAGCAACAGAAAAGAGCCUGUACAGAUGUUGAUAUUAACGAAUGUUCACUUUUUGGGGCGCAUUGCUAUAAAGCUGCUCUGAUAUAUAUACAGUAUAUAUGUAUAUCACUUUAUCUAUGCAAGUUUGUACAUUCUCCUCGUGUAAUGUGCGCCAACAACUGGCUUAUAACAACUAAAGAAAGCUGCAGAAUGUCAAUCGUACAAUUGCAUAUCAUGGGGAUUUAAUCAAAUGUAUGUAUUUCUUCAAAUAGUGGCCUCCUAGAGGGGUUGUCGUAAUUACUUUUCCUAUGACUGCAGAUUAGACGUGGCAUCUGUAAAGAUGGCAUUUACCGUGGGGGUUUUGCUAAACGUUUCUCUGGAAAUUAUUUGGGAGGAAAAAAAAUUAUAAAAUGAAGAUGCCAAUCAACAAAAAGUUAGUUGUGAACACAACCCAUAAAAACCUUUUUAAAAGCAAUCUAAAUCUACCGAUAAGGGCUUUCUGGCGGCCAGGAUAAAAUAGUGUGUUCGGAAAGUACUUUACAGUCCUAUUCCAAAAUGGCAAUUUGUUUUUUUUGUUGUUUUUUUUUAAAAUUGAUUACAAAAAACAAACAAAUACACAAGCAUUCACAGCCUUUGCUCAAUACUUUGCUGAUGCACCUUUGGGAGCAAUUACAGUCUCUAUGUAGGAUGUACAUCCUGAAAAGCAACACUUCCCAUCCAACCUGAUGGAGCUUGAGAGGUGCUGCAAAGAGGAAUGGGCGAAACUGCCCAAAGAUGGGUGUGCCAAGCUUGUGGCAUCGUAUUCAAAAGGACUUGAGGCUGUAAUUGCUGCCAAAGGUGCAUCAACAAAGUAUGGAGCAAAGGCUGUGUUUUUUUUUUUUUUUUUUUAAUGUCUGUGAAUGUUGUCAUUCAUCCAGGUCAUUGUCAUCUCAGGGCAUUCAAUCGAUCGCAACUGGACUGUUUGAUUUGUCUCGGAAGACGUUUCGCCGCUCAUCCGAGUAGGCUUCUUCAGUUUGUGCUCAUAGACUUACAUUAGUCAGAUCUAGUCCAUUAUUUAAUUUAUUUUUUUACCAAUACAUCCCUUAACUAUAAGAUGCCACAUACUUGAAUUUGAUAAAAAGAAAGCUCCCCCCGGCCACUAAAUGAGGAAAUACCAUAUUUAUUAUAUUGUUUUUUUAAUUUCUUUCUUAAAUCAGAUUUGUUUAAUGUCUCCAGAAAUAAGCAGUUGUAGUCCCAGCAAAGUGAUCCAACCCAUCUAAAGCAAAAACUCUAUUGAUUGUAAAAGCAUCUUAACCAGAGGACAAAUCAAAAAGUGUAUUCAAUUUGAAUAAAAUCCAAUGAGAUGUUUGGUUAAGUACAGGACAAAGGUCAUUUUAGUGCCAAAGUAAGGAAUCUACCGUAAAUUCCGGACUAUAAGCCACAAUUUUUUCCCCUAUGCUUUGAGCCCUGUGGCUUAUAAAAAGGUGCAGAUAAUUUAUAGAUUAUUUGCAGACGGCCAAAUUGCAUAUUGUCAAAAAAAGAAGCAACACCACUGAAAAGGUGUAUUAUUUUUUUGUGCUACGGAGCAAUCUUUCGGACGAGUGCGCUCACGGCAGGUGCUGCAGUGCCCUUUUUAUUAGCGCUUUCAACCAGAAGCAAAAUUACCGUUCCGUCUUUUAGCCGUCUGUAGCGUUUUUACUCGUAUGGUUUCUUCAUUCAUCACUCCAAGCAACGUUUGUAAGUUUUACAAUACAACUAAAACUAUUCAUAUCGUUGUUAGCAUUAGUUAAUAUGCUAACAUGUGUACAAGUGUCUGUGUUAGUAUUAUUAACUUACAACGGCAUUCUUUUUGUAUUGUUUAAGUUUCACAAUUUCCUCUUUCAAUUCGCCAAAACGUCAACGUGGAAUUAUUGAGUCUGUCUAGCUGAUAGUCGGUCCAUGACGAUGACGUCCGUUUUACUGCCAUUUUUCAGCCACAGUUUGGAAACAAUCACGGUAUGUAAAUAAACAUUUUCAAAAUCUUUCUGUGUAAAUAACUCUUUUCUCAACGUAUAUAUCUGCGGCUUAUAGUCCGGUGCGGCUAAUAUAUGGAAUAAUUUAGUAGGUGCGGCUUGUAUUCCGGUGCGCUCCAUAGUCCGGAAAAUAAAGUAGUGGUUAAAAAAAUAUCUUGCAUAAGCGAAAGGUCAGCUAACUCAAACUAUUAGGUUUAUGUAGGGACACCUUAUUUUUUUUUAUGUUGAAUUGACAAAAUGCAAUUAUGUCAAAAAAGUUGAAUUCCAAUAUUUUGUGGAAUGUAUUUUUUCAAAUUGCACUGAAAAAAUAUAACUAAUAAACAAAUACAAACCUGAAUACAUUUUUUUAUUUUACAAAUGUAACCCCAAAUUUUACCAAAAUGACGUAUGUUUUUAUUUUAAUUGAACAUCAUUUUUUAUAAAUUAAUUAUAAAUACAAUUUAAACACAAAAUUUGAAUAUUGUGUAAAAGUUUGUUCAUGUCAGCAAUUCAACUUCAAUUAUAAAACUAAUAUGUGGUUCUCAUUACAUGCAAAGUGAGAUAUGUCAAUACUUUGUUGUAAUUUUAAGGAUCAUAGCUUAUAGUUUUGGAUUUUUUUUUUCCCGGAGAGUUCCAAUUUGAAGUUUUUACAAGCCGUAAGUCAUAAUCAUCAACAUGAUAUCAAAAGAAGGCUUGUAUAUCCUGAGUUGUGUGGUAUGAGCCUAUGCCAUAUAUUAGUUUCACCUUGUAAAUCAAAUUGCUGAAAAAAAUUACACUGAAUAACUUCAAACUGCACAGAAAGAUUAUUACUUGGAACAAUAUAUUUUUUUUAAUGUGCACUCAAAAAAUAUACAUUUUUAAUUAUAUUUGAAAUAAUUAUACAAAUAUAACUUCAGUCAAACACUUGCACUUAUCCUGUUUUUUGAAUUUUUACUGAAAAAAUAUCAAUCUAAAUGUGCACUCAAAUAUACAUUUAGAAUUACAUUAAAAAAAAGCAUUCAAAUAUAACUUGAGUGUAACACUUUUGUGCGUGGCUGUACUUAUCUUGUGUUUUUAAAAUCUUUAAACCGUCCUGAAAAAUGUUUUACUUAUUUUUCCUGAUUUGGAAUAUGACUGAUAAUAUUUUUUAAAUAGCAAUCAAUACUUUGCUGGGACUAAACACUGUUCACAAUUUCUGUGUAAAAUAUAGUAUCAUACUAUUUACAGUGGUGGUCAAAAGUGUACAUACACUUGUAAAGAACAUAAUGUCAUGGCUGUCUUGAGUUUCCAAUCAUUUCUACAACUCUUAUUUUUUUGUGAUAGAGUGAUUGGAGCACAUACUUGUUGGUCACAAAAAACAUUCAUGAAGUUUAGUUCUUUUAUGAAUUUAUUAUGGGUCUACUGAAAAUGUGACCAAAUCUGCUGGGUCAAAAGUAUACAUAAAGCAAUGUUAAUAUUUGGUUACAUGUCCCUUGGCAAGUUUCACUGCAAUAAGGCGCUUUGUGAUCACUCCUUUUGACAAAAUUGGUGCAGUUCAGCUAAAUUUGUUGGUUUUCUGACAUGGACUUGUUUCUUCAGCAUUGUCCACACGUUUAAGUCAGGACUUUGGGAAGGCCAUUCUAAAACCUUAAUUCUAGACUGAUUUAGCCAUUCUUUUACCACUUGUGACGUGUGUUUGGCAUCAUUGUCCUGUUGGAACACCCAACUGUGCCCAAGACCCAAUCUCCUGGCUGAUGAUUUUAGAUUGUCCUGAGGAAUUUGGAUGUAAUCCUUCUUUUUCAUUAUCCCAUUUACUCUCUGUAAAGCACCAGUUCCAUUGGCGGCAAAACAGGCCCAGAGCAUAAUACUACCACCACCAUGCUUUACGGUAGGAAUGAUGUUCCUGGUAUUAAAGGCCUCACCUUUUCUCCUCCAAACAUAUUGCUGGGUAUUGUGGCCAAACAGCUCAAUUUUUGUUUCAUCUGACCACCAAACCUUCCUCCAGAAUGACAUUAUGUUCUUUACAAGCGUAUAUAAACUUUUGACCACGAUUGUAUAUUCGAUCCAUCGCUGAUUCAGCAGUUUUUAUGACCAGACACACAACUCAAGUUACAUUAUUGCAAUAUUUACGUUGUUAAUUUCUAUUCUGGUUGAGUUUCUGUAGCAUUUUUAAAGUGAUACAUUUACCAAAAAGAGCAUGAUGAAAAGUAGAUAUCUAAAGCUUAAAAGUAGCUCCAACAUCUGCAGAUCCUUCUUUGUCCUCACAAAACGGUCCUUUCUUCAUGUUAGUAGCCUUAAGUUUUAAGUAUCUUAUAGCUUUUUUUACUCGCCCAUGUAUAAGCAUGAUUAAACUAAAUUUGGCGCAUUUUUUCAACCCUAAAAUUGUGUUUGUAUUCCCCUCAAGGUUAGUAAAUUACUGAUACUUUAUUUUCUUAAUGACAAUUGUGCCAAGCAAAUUUCCUAUAGAAAGAGGGCGGGUGUUGUCUACUGUAUGUGCAUUUUGACCAUGUAUUUGUAAUGUAAUAGCAGUUUUUACAGGGUGGGGAAUAUGUCCUAAUGCUUCUUUAUUGUGAGCUCUGCACUGUAUUUGGGUUUUCAUUGGUUAUGUUGUUAAUAUUGAGCUGUCAUCUGUGUAGUGCCUGGUGUUUCAUGGAGAUUUCAAAAGAUACACUUGUACUGUUUUGUUUUGUUUCAACUUUACAUAUCAGGGGUUAGAAGAAUAACAAAAAAACAAAACAAGAAUGUCUCAUUUAUAUCUUGAAGAGGCACCAAAUGGCAUCAAAUAAAACCCUUUUUUUUCUGUUGCGAGUUAUUUUAAUGCCAUAUAUACAGGUUUUAGCAAGAUUAUUUAAUAUGCAACACAAGUCAAAAGGGCCAAAUUUCAGUCAAACUGCAUAAAGAGAUAGAUGCUGAUUAGGACUUCGCAGAAAUCAGCACAGGUGUUAAUAAGUAAGGGCUUGCUUCUCAAAACAAACAUAAAAUAAGUGGGUUUUUUUGCCCUCGAAGUGUGCAUGAUAUAACCACUCAAGAGAUUCAGCAGCAUGAUUUAUAUGAGAAAUUCUCUCAUAUUUGUGCUUCUUUUUAAAGAACAUUUUCAGCCUUACGUUGUGCAAUUUUGGUGGCCCUUACCUCCACCAACCUGCCUGCCACAUUUGUUUAAUUUCAUACACUUGUUUUACUAUUAAUUUGUUUUGUUCUUUCUUUUUCAAGCCAAACAAAAGACGUUGUAAAAUGACAUAUUUGUAUCAGUUCUGUACAACUUAGGUUCUCUCUCUCUCUCUCUCUAUAUAUAUAUAUCUACAGUUCCACUAACACUGUGAUACCAGGUAUUAAAUGUUGUCUUUUGUGUU